AUGGCUGCAGAGGAGAGGAGAAAGUUCCCACUGGAGCAGAGGCUGAGUGAGCACAUCAUCGGUCAGGAUGAUGCCAUCAAAACAGUGGCUUCUGCAAUUAGGCGUAGGGAGAAUGGCUGGUAUGAUGAGAACCACCCCCUUGUCUUCCUCUUUCUGGGCUCCUCGGGAAUAGGUAAAACAGAGUUAGUUAAGCAAGCAGCCAAGUAUCUACAUAAAGAUGUAGAGAAGGGUUUUAUACGUUUUGACAUGUCUGAGUACCAAGAAAAACAUGAAGUAGCCAAGUUUAUUGGUGCACCGCCUGGCUAUUUGGGCUAUAAGGAGGGAGGUCAGCUGACCAAGAAGCUGGAGGAGUGUUUGAAUGCGGUGGUUCUGUUCGAUGAAGUAGAGAAGGCCCACCCAGGUGUCUUGACCAUCAUGUUACAGUUGUUUGAUGAGGGUCGACUUACAGAUGGCCAGGGAAAACCCAUUGAAUGUAAGGAUGCCAUCUUUUUCAUGACCUCAAACCUUGCCAGUGAUGUCAUUUCCGAUCAUGUGGACAAAAUAAGGGAAAAGGCAGCAGAGAAUAACAAACACAAGGAUGAACAAAAACUGGAGGAUCUAGAAGCUGGAGAGAGAAUCAACAUAUCAAAAAAAUUUAAAGAUGAUAAAGUUCGACCAAUUCUGAAGAGGGCUUUCAGACGUGAUGAAUUUUUGGGAAGAAUCAACGAGUUUGUGUACUUCUUGCCGUUUUCUCAGUCAGAUAUAAGGAAAUUGGUGACAAAGGAACUUCAGUACUGGUCAGAGCAGGCCAAAAAGAAACAUGACAUUUCCUUAGAGUGGGACCAUAAUGCUGUGACCGUUCUUGCAGAUGGCUAUGAUACCCACUCCGGUGCUCGUUCAAUUAAAUAUGAGGUUGAAAAACGUGUGUUGAACCAGUUGGCAAUGGCUCAGGAGAGAGAGCUGAUAGAGAAAGGAUGUGUGAUUCGACUGACAGCUGCUAAUGCCGAGGAACUUACAAAGACAGACGAGUCCUCUAUUGAACCACCCACCAUAAAGUUACAACUGUUACAGAAAGGAAAGGAAGAUAAAUAUGUGGACAUUAACCUCGAAGGGGGAGAUAAGUAG